GUGUUACUCAGUGAGAUCGGGGUCAGUGAGGAGUGUUUUUCCUGCAGCUUUCCGGAUUAAAAACCAUGGAUAAACUUUAAGAAGAAGACAAUCCCCAUGCUUCUCCUGCAGCAGGACCGCGUGGAGUGUGAAAGAGUUCCCCACUUGGAGCUGCUACGAGGCUUAACAGGUGACGGAGAUGGAUUCUCAUCCGUGGACGUACAGACAAAACCAACGAGCUGCUCCAGCCUUGCAGACCUCACAAGCCCUCACUCAGCAUUUUCAAAAUGGAACAAGGAGUCAACAAAAUGCAAACAGCCCACAGCUGUACAGGACGUUAACCAACGGAGUCUUUCCACAACAAAGUUCUCAGGGAUGGAGCAGGAGCUGGCGGAUGGGAACUCUGGGUCAAUACGGAUUAGAGUGGAAUAGAAGUGGAAAUUCUCAAAGGAUUAUCACUAAUGGAUCUCAGGCUUCCACCCAACAUGUACUUCCUCAGAAUCCUCCACAAAGUUCCUCCACACAAAGUCAGCCCAACAUGAUGAAUGCAAACAUGGCUGUCCAUGGCAUGGCUCAACAGAACAGCUCCCAGAGUAUGAAUAGAAGACCAGCAAACACCUCAGUCCCCUCGUUUCCCAAUGAGCAUGCGGCUCGCUCCAAUGUGUUAGUACCCUCUGCUGCUCAUAACCUCCACCGCAGGCAAAACAGCAUCCAGAAUGGAUGCUCUCCUCCUGCCCCCCUGCCGAAAUAUAACACUGCUGUCUCUCAGUCUUUAAGAAACAGAGGCACUAUCUCCUCAGUAUCAGUCCAACAAGCUGUGGGGGGGUUCUCCAUGAGUCGCGUAGUUCAGCAGAACCACAAACAACUCAACAGCAGCAGGCCUUCAGACAGCUUCAGGCCAUCAGGGACAAAUGUGUGUUCCUCAUAUUCCUUUGAUGACUUAAGAGAGAUUGCCAAGAUUGUGGAGGAUCUGCAUAAGUCUGUCCCUGCAGAAUUAACUGGUGGUCCUUCAGGGAACAUGGGUUCAUCAAAUCCAGUCAUGGAGUCCAAUCUUAAUGUGCAGUCUGCAGAAAAUAACUCCUGCACCCUUCAGUCCUCAGCUCUCAGCUCUCAGUGGUCCUUGUCUAAAACCACCAACAUAUCAACACAACAAACGCAGCAAAGCAACAAUGCACCACGUCAGCACAGCUCUGUACCUAACGUCUACCUUAGAGCAGCUGGAGACGGCGUUACAGAUGGAAGAACAGCAUCAAAUGCUUUUUUCCCUACAAAUACUCAGGGGUCCAGCGGGAAUCAGGGUCAAACUCUAAGUACUGAAUCUCAGCUCACGACACAACAUAGCAGAGCAGAACGCUUUAUAAUGGAAAUGCUACGCUCAUCAAAAUCUGGUGCUCUUCACUCGUCUCCUGGUCGUACAAGAGCGGUUGCUGUUGUGCCACCAUUGUCCCAGGAUGCAGCGCAGCACGCCUCCUCUAAUGUAACCAAUUCUGCAGGUGUCAUGACUGAUGAAUCUGUUAGUGACAGUCAGAAAAAUGACAACAUCAACAAGGCAAAAGAAUUUAGGAACAAGUCCUUCCUUGUUCCAGAGAACCCAAAUCCAGUAGCGUCUGACAAAUCUAAAAUCAGUGGUUCUUCACCCUCCAACAACCACUCAGCAUCACUCUCAGACUCAAUGAGACAUCAAGACUUGUCUCUGAAACACUUAGGAACCGACAACACGCGAGCAGAGCAAGCAGUUAGCACGCAAGCAGUCGGGCAUAUUCCUCCAAAUGCUCCAGAAGCAGCAGGUUCAGAAUCUGCAGCGAGCCAACAUAAGGAGCCGGCAGAUUUGGAGACUGGCUUUCUUGAACUUUCUAAAAUCCAAACUAUCGAUUGCAGGUCUUCCGAAUUAGAAAAGAUUGUAAGGUUUUUUGAAGAAAAGCAGGCUGCUCAAAGCACAAGUUCAAAAAUGUCAGAUCCUGGAGUGAGCAUUGUAAUGCAUCUAUGGGAUGGAAAUUAUGAAAAAUGUGAAACUCUAAGGAAGUCAGAUUGGUAUGAAAAGUUAACUCUAAAUGCAAAAACUUUCUGCGACCAACACGUAACAGAGGACACUGUCAUUGCAUCCCGUGCAAAAAAGGUCCAUGCAGCCUUUCUCAAGCAGCACCACAUCCUUACUCACAACAACGUCUACACAGAACCACCCUACAAAUCCUCAUGGCUGAACCUGAAUGAGCAGCUAGAUGACAUCGAUAAAGAGUUCGGCCUCCCGUGA